AUGUCCAUCUCCAUCCGCUGCAGCGCCGCCGCGCCUGUUGAUGGAGAAUGGCUGUGGAGCGACGGGUCCAAAUUUGUCUAUACCAAAUGCUGCUCUGGAGAACCUAACAAUUACCAGAAUGUUCCAGAGGACUGCUUGGAGAUAAACUGGACCGGCAAGUCUGUCCACUUGGUGGCCAUCUAUGGAACACUCCUGGGCAGCCAUUUCUAUGGAUACAAGCAGUACAGCUCAAAAACACAAAAGUACAGCUCCUGUCUACUUGUUUCAGGGUUCCCAAAUGUCAUUGGAUGCAUUGAUGGAACCCACAUUCCUAUUAAAGUUCCUUCAGUCAAUGAAGGAGACUAUGUUAAUAGGAAGUCAUUCCAUAGCAUCAAUGUGCAGGUAAUUUGUGAUGCAUCCCAACUCAUCACAACUGUUGAAGCCAAAUGGCCAGGGUCUGUACACGAUGCCAGAAUUUUCCAGGAGUCAUCGUUGUGCCACAAAUUUGAACAAGGAAACUUCAGUAGUUACUUGCUGGGGGACAGAGGGUACCCCUGUCUGCCCUAUAUGACGACCCUCUACCCGGAACCUGGACCACAGACACGAUUUAACCUGGCCCACAGCAGAAACCGGGCCAUGGUGGAGAUGACCAUUGGCAUCCUGAAGGCCAGGAUUCAGUGCCUGCAUGGGCUCAGGGUCAGUCCAGAAAGGGCAUGUGACAUCACAGUGGCAUGUGUGGUUCUUCAAAACAUUGCCACAAUAAAAGGCGAGAGGGGCCCCCUCGCUUGAUGAAGAUGGUCAAGAGGAACCCCUAAUGAACCAAAGAGAUGAAAGGGUGGUACGGGAUGUGAUCUGCCAAAAUCACUUUUGACUUAAAACAGUCAAGUGUUCUUAUAGUUUCUUUAUUUCCUGUAAUAAAAAGACAUGUGUAUUUAUUGCUUUACCAUUCAACAACAAAUGACAGAUUAAUCAUCACUAGGCAAAUACAGUUCCCACCUUUAGCCAAUGCUCCAGCAAUUCAAUUUCAAGUCUGGCCUUAUGUUCAGCCUUUUCUCCUCUAUUUGAAGCUGUAUAAGGUCCAUCUCACAUUUUCUUAUGUGCCUUUGAAGAUGAACCUUACACAGCUCCUUUGCAGGCAGCUAGGAACACAGAAUGAUAACUCAAUAUGCCUGCUAAAGUCUGUUUUACAUAUACAGACCAAUUAUUUUAAUAAAGACAACUGUUGUCUGUAACAGGACAUUGACGAAGUUUUAAUCUCUUUUGUUAAAAAUAAGUUGCAUUAUACCUCUAUUGGCCUCCCAGCAUUUUCAUUUUCUAAUUCUGUCACAGCAUAAGUGGUCUCUUCGUCUUCAUCCUACAGUGCAAAUUACUAAGGAUGUUUAGUCUAGCAAACAGAAACAAUACCUAAAGACAGUAAUCACUUACAACUGUGGCAGGUUGUGCUGUUGCAGGAGGGUCCAUUAAUACAACGUGUCCAUCAGCAACUGCAAGAAAAUUAAACCAGUAAGAUACUUAAUGUAUCUUCUCAAACAAAUACAACUAAUAAUCAAUUAGGAAUAUUAUAGUAUACACCAUAUGCAGUAAAAUAAAUUAUGCAUAAUGCACAAAUGAAACAGUGACAGUAAAUGCAUUCAGAAUGCAGAAUGGUUUAAGGAUUAAAAAAAUAAAAUAAAUAAAAACACUGAAUACUUAGUAAAAGGUUGAUUGAACUAACCCUUCACAGGUGUUUUGGAACCGACAUACCCAGAGUAAGCAAGGAAUGGGUUAAUCAACCAAGAUUUCAGAGUAUGUGAAUGGAAGUUAACCCUGCUUUCUGGACUACCCCCCUGACCAACAGAUAGCAAUAUAUUAAACAGUAUACACAAGCUUCAAGUAAUGAGCCCAAUGUCAAGAUAUUUGAAGCCCAAUCGCUUUUUUUUUUUUUUUUUUAAAAAGCUUAAUUUUCCCCAUACUUAAACAGCCAUGAACAAUUACAUAUAAAAAAAAGACAAACACAUAUGAUUGAACAAAGAUGCCCAGGAAUAAUAAACCAAAGAAUUAAACAAUGAGGAAACAAGGGGAAUGCUGCAAUAGAUAUAAUGAGGGUCCAGUAAUAACCAAACACAAACAAACGUGCCAAAAACCACAGAAACCACUAAUUUAGACAAAGAGUUCUUCACGCUUCCUAAGCCCCAUUCCAGUGUGGAGGACACUUUUCAAAGAUAUACAAGAGGAUCUAGAACAAAUGAAAAGAAGGAUCAGCUGAGAUUGCUCCAAUCAGAAGAACACAACAAUCAAAGUGAUCACACUACACAGGUGGAGACACUGAGAUCAUUAAAUCACUCCUGAUUUUUCAAUAAACCAAAAGUGAAAAAUUACACAGCCUCAUUACUCUUAGAAUAUAAAAGUGGGUCUCUUUCAAGGUAAGGUUUACUGAAAUUCUCAAGACUGAGCUGAACAACCAGGUAAGGGUUUGAUAUGGUAACCAAUUCAAUGAUUUUUCUAUUAAGUAUUUUUUUUUUUGUACUUUGAUCAUCUAAAUGCAGGUAGCGUAAUACU